AUGGACUGGAAAAGUGCAAAAUUGAUUUUAGCGUCCACUGCUACAAUUGUUGUUGCUUCCCAGGUGGCAAAAAAGUUAUGUAAAUACUUUUUUAACUCUAAAAGUAAUCAACCCGAGGUUGCAAGCGACGACGCGUGUAGUGAACUAAUAAAUAUCAAAAAUCGUGAGAUAAACGAUGUAAUUUUAUUCUCGGAUGAUGUUGUUCGUCACACUAUAAAAGUCCCACCUAAUAAAGAUGUUACAAUAUGCGAAAGCAGAGAAUUAAAUUGUUUUAAGUUAAUAAAAUAUAUUAAAUCAGCGCGUGAAACAUUAGACGUAUGUAUGUACUUAAUAACAAGCAAUGAAAUUGCAGAACAAAUAAUAAGAUUAGGACAAAGACAUGUCUUAGUAAGAAUAGUUGUAGAUAGUGACAUGGCCAACACUCCUCCAUCACAAAUAAGAAAGCUAAAAGAGUACAGUUUUAUACAGGUACAAACAAAUAAAAAGUCAAUUUUGAUGCAUCACAAAUUUUGCAUCAUUGAUGGACCUAAAGCUGUUAAAAGAAAAAAUAUAUUAAAAGCGUAUGCAGAAAAGCUCAAUAUCCAUGCGCAGUUCUUGAAACAUAAUGUAAAACAACCAAAACUGAAACAAUAUAAAGGCUUUGUCAUGUCAGGUUCUUUAAACUGGUCUACCCAAGCAAUGGUGUCUAACCACGAAAGUGUUAUAGUUACCUCACAUCCAAAUAUCGUUAAUAAAUUUGAAAAAGAGUUUGAAAGCCUGUGGGUAGAGGAUGAACCGAUUAUAUCGCAGCAGGAUAAAGUGAUUGUGAUAAAUGCAUUGAUGAUGCAACACCACAAGUGCAAGUGUAAAUUAAAUGGUGUAAAAAAUAUCCAUACAGUGAAUUAUAAAGUUAUAGGUGAAAACAAUAAUUUUAAAACG